AACUGUGUUGACGUGUGGCUUGAUUGAACCAUAUUAUGCAGUAAAUGUGCGGUGAUUGGUUGAAAUUGCGAGCCCUCUUUUUGUACUGUGGUAAUGGGUCAGUUCUAUGCGAUAAUAUUGUGAUGAUGUGACUAUUUUAUGCAGAAAUUGUUUGGUGAUUGGUCAAAUUUGUAAGCCCUCGCAUAAUAUGCAGGGAAUUGUUGAUCGCAGAGUCCUGGAGUAACCUCCCAGUUAUCCCUGUGACUGCGUGUAGGUUAAGAUUGGGUUGUAACAGAGUAUCAGAGCGAGACGUUUCUACCUGUCAGCUAGUAAUUGUUCUGUAUGGUGACAUGAGCAGAGUGGCCUGACUUCUCCCACUUAUUACAGAUGUCCGACUUAGAUAUGUUGAGCAUCCUGCUAUGAUGUCCAUCACCAAGCCGGAACACUCCAAGGCCAACCCUCAGUGCCAGACUGGCAGCCGGCCGGUGGCUGAGCCUGAGACCCCUGCUGUUCACAAUAACAGUGGAGGCUGGCUCAGCUGGGUCUUUGGGAGUGGAAGAGUUAAUAAGAAGGAGGUUCAUCUACCUGAGGACAAAGACAGAUCUAUUGUCUGGGAUCCAACUCUGCACAGAUGGGUUAACAAAACUGAGCCCAAGGCUGAGAACAAGUGUGUACCACCACCUCCACCGAUGGGGACAUAUGGAUAUCAGGGGAACACUGGCAGUGUCCCCAAAGGAGUGAAUCCUUACUCUAUGAAAGCAGGUGAAUAUUGCUUUAGAAUACAUGUGGUUUAA